UAUCUCCCAGCAUGCCGUGCGGCCCUGCAGUGACAGCCCAUCCCAGCAUGGCCUGAGGCACAGCAGAGGGGCACGUCCCCUCCCAGCGUGCGGGCAGCCCCCCCGAGGAGCCACGUCCCAGCAUGCCGUGCGGCUCAGCGGAGAGGUGGGAAACCUUGUUUGAUUCCCCCACUUCCCAGUUGAAAAGUUCAGCAGUCCAGCCUCACCUUGGAGCAGCUGAGGCAGGUUGCCACUUGCGGGGAGCUGCCUGAGGUUCGGUUGAGUGUGGAGGAAGAUGGAGGCCACUUUGCCUGCAGUAGCAGAGGAGCUUUUGAAAGAGAUAAAAAAGGCUUUCCAGGAGACCUCGCAUGUUCCUGAUGCUCUCCUGCUGGCGCUGAAAUUUGUAUUUGGCUCAUCUGCUGUGGCAGCCUUGGAUUUGGUUGAUCAACACUCAGUCACGCGAAUCGUGUCUCCUAGUGGAAGGGCCGUGUACCAGGUCCUUGGGAGUUCAGGCAAACUGUACACCUGUUACACCUCCUGCCACUUCUGCACAUGCCCUGCAUUUGCUUUCUCCGUGCUGCGGAAGAACAACAGUCUGAUGUGUAAGCACAUCCUUGCCAUGUACCUCAGCCAGGCCACAGGCGCAUGCCAAGAGCUAUCCGUCUCUGACCAGCAGCUGGCAAGCAUCUUACUGGCAGAGGAAGAGGAGGAAGGACUUGGGACCAUGUGCUAACACCAUCUCUCCUGUAACGCCUCCCUGGCUCCUCCGAGGUACAUCGACAAACAUUACUAACAUCCCUAAGCCAACCACGUGUUGAUCAAGGCAGUUUUCCUCCCAAGCUGAAUUUAGGCUGGAAAUUAUUGAGCAGCCCUGCACCGUUGUAUUAGUUAGUUGUGUUGUAAUAAAUGUUAUGAAGCCUCAUAA